ACCGGUCCAGUGAGGCAACAGAAUACGACGACGAUCUUAUGCGCGACCGCGAUGCUGCCCGUGAACAUUCACAUGGAGAUGCAAUUGCCCUCAAUGAGGCGGAGUACGAGGGCCAAGAGGAAGGAGGCAGUGGUCGGGAUGACGACGACGACAUUGAAGGAGAUGUGGAUGUUGAAGACGACAACAUGGAGGACUACGAAGGAGAUGGCAGUGAGGACGUAGAGGACACCAAUGUGCAGGACUCGCAUGGUCGUGACGCCUUCUGCAUCGGUGGUGCACACAUCUUGAAGUUUGAUCUUCACAAAGACCAACUAACGUUUAAGGACUAUGCAAAACUCGCUAAAUCGGGUAAAGAGUUUAAUCUUGUUGACAGCGACGAAGACUCCUCGGACUCCGACCUCGAUAUCGGAAAUGACCUUGAUGCAACCGGGUGGCGUGGACAGUGCGUUGCCAUGGACAACGACGUACAUGAUCCAGGUUGUCGCAUGACGCAGUCAUACAAUGACUCGGACGGAACCGCACGUUCACAGGGAUGCUCCAACCCGCCACCCACGAACAGUAUAGCCUCAGUGGUCGACCGCGUCGAGUGUACUCCUAUGGAUGCAGAGACUGGGAUGUGCCGCGGCGAUGAAGAAGAUGAGUUUGAUAUACCUGACCAAGCGUCGAAGCUCGCGCCAGGCGAACCCAUUCCUCCCAACUUCUGUGCGGACCCGACCACUAUCUAUUUUUUGGAGGACAAAUACGCCCACACUAGUGAGGACAAGUGGGGUCAUAAUAUCAUCUGGCAUGAGGGCAUUUUAGAGUCAUGUAUCCAAGAUGAAGAGUGGAAGAUGGCGGUGAGGUACAUGCCCGGUUGGAGGACGUUUGACCGAAUGGCGAAGGGCACUUGGCCGAAAACGACGGAGCAUGCAAUUCUAUACUGCGUGCAGAUCGAGAACCCGGGGCAAAGUGAAACCGUCAUCAAAGCAAAGGUGAAACAUUUGUUUAAUGUCUUGCGAGACAAUGGACAGUUGGAGUUUAGCUGCAAGUUUUACGACCUGCGCAUGAGCCCCUCACGGGGGUCAAUCGACUGGAAGGUCGAUCACACCGCCAAGGCCAUGGAGGUGAACGCCUCUCCAGAUGUCGUGCUCUUGUCCGCACCGGCCACAAGGGACACGAAGGCUAAGCAGAGGGAAAAUAAUGAGAUAAUUUUCGACGUGAAGGUUGCAUUGAUUCCGGAGUACCGAUAACGUCUGCGGCGAAAAAGUCCGUGAUUGCCAUCUCCGUCACUAUGACAGAAACAUCUGAAUGUGUGCAUAUGUUAAUCAUUGAGUCGU